AUGAGCUCUCAUCCGCCUUGGAAGUUAGUCCUCGCAACCGCUUUUGUAACCGCAAUUAUCACUAAGGUAAUUGACACCACAGUACAGAAUUAUAAACUGAAGCAAGGGCUGUCAAGAGAUCAUGAUUCUUUUGAAACCAAACUGGACGAACCUGAGGAUAAACCUCCAGUUGAUGAAGAAUUGAUACGCGAGCAACUUGCGAGGAACUAUGCAUUUUUGGGUGAAGAGGGGAUGCAAAAAUUAAAGCAGCAGUAUAUCAUCGUUGUCGGAGCUGGUGGUGUUGGAUCUUGGGUUGUGACAAUGUUAGUCCGUUCUGGUUGCUACAAGAUCAAAAUAAUCGAUUUCGACCAGGUCUCAUUAAGCUCUCUUAAUAGACACAGCUGUGCUACUUUAAGAGAUGUUGGUAUUCCCAAGGUUAAAUGUUUGAAAAACCAUUUAGCCUUAAUUGCGCCAUGGUGCAAGAUCGAGGCAGUUAAUGAGCUUUGGAAUAAAGAGAAUGCUGAUAGACUCAUAUUUGGUGAAGAUGGUAAUGAAUUGCCGACAUUUGUUAUCGACUGUAUUGAUAAUAUAGAUACUAAAGUCGACUUAUUAGAGUUUGUUCACCGCCAUGAAAUUCCUUGCAUAUCAUCUAUGGGUGCAGCAACUAAAAGCGAUCCAACCCGAAUCAAUGUUGGUGAUAUAACUUUAACGGAGGAAGAUCCAUUGGCUCGUUCAGUCAGAAGACGGUUAAAGCAGAAAGGUAUCUUGACAGGGAUUCCGGUAGUGUUUAGUGCAGAAAAGCCUGAUCCACGUAAGGCGAAAUUACUGCCUUUGCCAGAAGAAGAAUUUAAAAAAGGUAAAGUUGAUGAACUUAGCGCCUUAAGAGAUUUCCGCGUCAGGAUUUUGCCUGUAUUGGGUACGAUGCCAGGUAUGUUCGGUUUGACCAUUGCAACAUGGGUGUUAACCAAGAUUUCGGAUUAUCCCAUGGAUCCCAUUGAAGGGAAAAACAGGGUAAAAAUUUAUGAUAGCAUUUAUCAUUCCUUAGCAGGUCAGAUGUCACGAAUUGGGAUGCCCGAUCAGCGAGUUCAAGUCUCCUUAAAAGACGUCGCUUACAUCGUGGAAGAGGUCUUCCGGGGAAAGUCACCAGUUAGUGGGUAUUCUACUAAAUUGGCUCUUUCCAAAUGGGAUCCAUCUAAACCCGUUUCGGUUCAAAAUGUUGUAGUGUUAACUAAGGAUGAGCAAAGACUUCACGAGGACCGCAUACUUAACGGUGGCGAGAGCUUGGAAGAUGUCUAUUCGAAAGAAGUUCUGGAUUUGGUUGAUAAAAGAUUCGCCGAAGAAAGAUACUAUGCUCAAUUUAGGUGA